AUGUCGGCGGACGCAGAGACUUCUGAUGGAGGCAGCCUGACAGACCAUCUAGACCGUCUAAACAUUGAAGUUGGGGGUCGUUCAAACUCCCAGCUGACACGCAGAAACACAGAAGAGUCCAUAGAAGACGAUGAUGGGGAUGACGACACGGAAAAAACCUUGUACUAUACGGGACGUCACAUCUACCUUGCGAGACGCGAGUUCAUCCUCGAAACAGAUGAACCUGAUAUAGAUAAGGCUGCAAAGGUUUUCUUCGCACAUGGGGAGAAUGAGAUACUGCAGCUUGAGAAGCUACCCUCCAUGAUCAAUGAAUUUGAUCUUGUACGAAAACACGCGAUUGAGAUCAUCAAGACAACAGAACCCAUGACAACCGAGCGAUCUAUCCGGUUUGGAUAUCUGAGCGAUCUCGCAAUCGACCUUUCCGAGCUACGGGAGAGGUGCUACGAGGCCGUUCAGGCAGCUUUCAUGGCUGCAGACUCUGCCUGUGAGGAUUCUGCAGCUCUUGAAAAUGACACCGGCUCAGAUGAGCCUGGACUAAAUCCAGAGGAAACUUUAUCACCUGACAGCAAGGAAAAUGCCAAGAGUGAGCCAGGUGAAGCCUCUUAUUGCUGCUUCAUAGCCCUUACCAUGGCUGCCCGUGUGUUGGAAGCUUCGACGGCAAGGGAUAUGGCCCAGGAAGUCUGCAGUGGUGUCAACUUGGACGACCUUAUCUUUAACAUCGAGUUACUUAAGCCGCUGACGCAGAGUGAGCCUUGGGAAGCAGAUAUGCCAGAUAAGCCGGGAUACCAUCAUGUUUAUGCACUAUUGGGGUGUCUCAUGGCUACUGCAUAUAUCCGCCAGUGUUUCGCCAUCGAGACCUUGUAUCUCGACCGAGCGAUCAGCAAUCUCGACGUCGCAGCCCUGAAGAUGCCAAACACCCCUUUCAAACAAUUUCGGGGGUAUCUUGAAAAGAUAAGGAAGGAAGUACAGAGAUUACAGGUCUUCUUCCAACGCAUUGAGAUAGAGGAUGAUCCAUCGAUAGACUCCGUUCUCUGUGCUAUUUGCCAAGAGCUAGAACCUAUCAUCGGCCUCCAUGAUACUGAGUAUCCAUAUCGAAACAUGGACUUUGAGUGGGUUUGCAAGAAAGCCACGUUGAGAUGUAGAGUUUGCACUCUACUCAGGGAUUCCACCGCCUCGAUGUACCCGCUGUUCAAUAUGGCGUGGCCAGAUAUCCAGGAGAUGAACUACAGUAAUCGCUCUAUUGGUCGGCGUUGGUUCGGAGACACCGACGACCUUCUGGCUUAUUUCUUGUGGGGUCGAGAUGGGGCUCUAAGGAUUGAGCUUAUUGCCUGCUCUUUUGGUACGGAGGAGGAAUUUUAUGUCACCUAUGAAUUAUACUGCUUACCAGGAAUUCCGCCUCCUUGGAAAAUCAUCGGCACAGGAACUCAUGUUCAAUACGAUGUUACCUCGCCGGAAAGCUGGGAUAUGAUACGAGGCUGGAUUAAAGACUGUGUCAAUGAUCACCAGAACUGUAAAGUUGUCAGCGAGGAUCGGCCGUUUCCGACUCGUGUCUUGUCUGUUGGAAACGAAGACAGAGAUCCUCACUUGUUUAUACCCAGUUCUGAUAAUCGCGGCCGAUACAUAGCUCUCAGCCACUGCUGGGGUGAUUUCAUGCCUCUCAAGACCACCAAAGCCAGCUUCACCGAGUUCUGCCACUGCAUUCACUUCAAUCGGUUUCCCAAGACAUUCCAAGAGGCGAUAAUUAUUUGCCGUCAACUGGAUGUCGAGUACUUGUGGAUAGACUCACUCUGUAUCAUACAAGAUGAUGAGCUUGACUGGGCUGUUGAGUCACCCAAAAUGUGCGAUGUCUAUCAAAAUGCGUACCUCACGAUCGCUGCCGCCGCAGCUCACAAUAGUAGCGAGGGGCUCUUCCAGCCGCGACCUUUCAGUCUUGGAAAGUCGUUCCCCACUGUCUCGAAGAAUAGCCAACAAGUUGAAGAGGUCGAGAUCUUCGCCCGACCUUGGGAUUCUCAAGGGCAUUGGGCCGAUAGUAUUGGCGAUGGGCCAUGUUGUCGCGAGCAAAGCCCACUGGAGAAGAGAGCUUGGACGCUGCAAGAGCACGUACUAUCACACCGAAUCCUCCGACUUACUGCUCACGAGCUAGUCUGGCAUUGUCGGGAGGUACAUCUCUGCGAGUGUCGUCCAGGGUCGCACACACGCAAGGAGUCGCUGAGGCUCAUAAACCUAGAAGCCAUGAAAUCCGGCAAAGAUACUGAACAUGGCCCACGGAUCUCAGAGCCGCUCAGAGUCUGGCUAGACAUAAUCGGUCCAUUGACCAGCCGUGCUAUCACCCGCGAGACAGAUCGACUACCUGCUAUCUCGGGUGUAGCUGCUGCACUUGCUCCUUUUAUAAAUACAGCGUUUAUAGCUGGUAUGUGGAAGGAUGGGCUUGGAACGAAAGUUUGCUGGCACGUAGAAAAGGGGCCGACCUCGAGGCACGAAGCAUACUAUGCGCCGACGUGGUCUUGGGCCUCUGUCGUAGGGCCUGUGCUUACGUCGGACCUCUGCCACAUAUGCCCACUGCCACAAACGACAGUAGUUGACGUACAUCAUACGCUAGCGACUCCAAACCCUUAUGGGAGUGUGUCUUCUGCAACGUUAACAAUUACUGGCAUCUUGUUAGAUGUUUCGGUCUCGAAACUGCAUCCCCGUCCUGACGAAGGAACACCUUUUCAGAUACAUCCCCACAAAAGCUCACUUCUGGAGACGGAUAUGAAUCUAUCAAUGGAAUGCGUAGCAUUUCCAGAUAUCUUGACGGAAUCGGAAGAGGCUCCUGAGUUGGUGACUGGGGACACCAUCAGCCUUUUACUUCUUGGCUGCAACAUGUACUGCCAAGGGUUUGAUAUCAUGAUUGGAAUUCUACUGAGUGAGGCAGGUGAAAAUAGUUCUGGAGGGACUGUUCACCGGAAGGUUGGCACUGGGGAAAUCAAGCUACGAAACUGUGACGAAGACGAAGACGAAUUUAGAGGGAAAGCAGUUGACGGAUUAGCCUGGCAUAUGGCUCAUCAUCUAAAGCGUCGGGGCUGUGUAGCAUCAGUCGUAGUAGUGUAA